GGUCUGGAGGACACCUGGCGUCUGCCACACCUGGUGACCCCUCUCUGGUUGUGCUUCCAGGUGAGCCUCAAAGCAGGAGCCCCGAGUCAGCCUCUCAUCUGACAGCUGCCAGCUGCCGUCCCCAGACUGUCCCCUGCCCGGACCUGUGACCGCGCUGCCUCUCACAGGGGCAGCGGAAUGAAAGAAGGCAUGUCCAGUAACAGCACCAUGAGCAUCUCGCAGGCCAGGAGGGCCGUGGAGCAGCUGAAGAUGGAGGCCUGCAUGGACAGGGUGAAGGUCUCCCAGGCGGCGGCCGACCUCCUGGCGUACUGCGAGGCCCACGUGCGGGAGGACCCUCUCAUCAUCCCAGUGCCUGCGUCGGAAAACCCCUUCCGCGAGAAGAAGUUCUUUUGUACCAUCCUCUGACUCCGCGUGUUACCGAAGUAUCUUCGUAGCCUCCCGGCAGAGGCCGCGCGUGCUCCUCGCUGCAGGGAGGCCGCCCACCGGCCCCUCCCGGACCAGGUCGGCC